GGUAAAAUGGUGACACAUCAGUGUUUUUCAUGAAUGUAUUCCUUAAUUGUUUCUUCAGUGUGAGACGUAAUGUGAAUUAGAUCAAAGAUUGAGGAAAGUUUUGCUAGAGAGAACUGACAACCACUUUUCACCAUGGCAAUAAAUGUUGUUGGACUAGUAGUGCUGUUGUUGUUUUACAUCGUGAUUUUGGUUGUUGGUGUAGUGGCCGCUCGUCGUAAGAAGAUAUCAACCAAAGUAACAGCAAUGGAAACGUCCAUUGUGGCAGGCAGAGACCUAAAUACUGUUGUCGGAAUAUUUACUAUGACAGCUACAACAGUGGGUGGAGGAUAUAUAAACGGAACAGCAGAAUCCAUAGCAACCAGUGGUCUUGUAUGGACCUUAGCACCAUUUGGUAUAUUUAUUGGACUCAUUUUAGGUGGUUUGUUGUUUGCCAAGAAAAUGAGGGACCAUAAUUACCUGACCAUGUUGGACCCUUGUCAAGAGGUAUAUGGUAAUGCCUUGGUGUUUAUGGUCUACCUUGCAUCCUUAUGUGGAGAUGUUUUUUGGACUGCUUCCAUUUUAUCAGCGUUAGGGACAAGCUUAAGUGUGAUGGUGAACAUUCCUUUGACUGUUGCUAUAGUUACAUCAUCAGCAGUAACUAUAGUUUAUACUAUGAUUGGUCAGAUGAUUUCUGUAGCGUAUACAGACAUAGUGCAAUUAAUAUUUAUUACAUUUGGAUUGGUUCUCAGUUUGCCAUUUAUACUGACCAAUGAGAAUGUUGGAGACAUAAGCAAAUCAGCUGAUACCUGGGUUGGAACUUUUGAUAUUUCAUUUGCUGGUCAGUGGUGGGAUCUCUUUGUUACCAUGACACUGGGAACAAUUCCAUGGCAGUCAUAUUUCCAGAGAGUACUAUCAGUGAGGUCUGGAAGACAGGCACAGGUAUUAUCUGUUGUUGGAGCUUGCAGUGCUGUUAUCCUUGUGAUUCCAUCUGUGAUUAUAGGAGCUGUGGCUACAAAUGCAGAUUGGAACAAGACCAGUCUUGGACAAUCACCUAUGGAUCUGAACAAGGGCAGUAUGGUACUUCCUCUUGUCUUACAGUAUUUUACACCAAAUGUUGUAGCAGUGAUUGGUCUAGGAUCAAUUUCUGCUGCAGUAAUGUCAUCUAUGGACAGUUCCAUUCUGGGCUCAAGUUCCAUGUUCACAUACAAUAUUUAUGCGCAUCUGUUUAGAACAGAGGCAUCUGACAGUGAGUUGCUAUGGAUACAGAGGAUAGCCAUUUUAUUUGUUGGAUGCUUGGCAACAGUUAUAUCGAUAUUUGUUCCAAUAGUGUACGGAUUAUUUAUCUUAGCAGCUGACAUUGUAUUUGUGAUUGUAUUGCCCCAGUUAAUAUGUGCCGUAUAUUUUAAAUGGACGAACAGUUAUGGUGCUAUUGUUGGAUAUCUUGUGAGUGUGAUAUUACGAAUGGGAGCAGGGGAACCUACCAUCAACUUGCCAGCAUUUAUUUUUUAUCCUGAUUAUGAUGUCGAUACUGGACAAAAUUUUCCAUUUCGAACAUUUGCCACGGUAACUUCAGUACUGUGUAUUGUUAUAGUUUCUAUAGUAACAAGAUAUUCACAGAAAAUUGGGAAGUCUAAGACUAAAUAUAAUGUGUCGUCGACAGCCAAUAGAUCAAAGAGUAAUAAACAUAUAUUAAAAUUACAAACAUUGAAUGGUCAAUGACACUGGAGAGGAAUCUUAGUCAUAUAUGUUAGAAUUUGAUAUUGUUUGCUGUAAAUAUUAAUCAUUAAUUUAGUGGAUAGGUUUAUUAGUCUGAUUUUGAUGCAUUAUUAGUCUGAUUAUUUUGAUGCCUUAUAAUGUAUGAUUGAAUUGGAGUUGUCUCCUACAUUAUAUUUAUAGGAAAAUCGUCAGAAGCUAAUUAAAAUCUUAUUUAAACUUUUAAAACUUUGUUUCUAGAAAUCCAAACGGGUCUGGAAUGGUUAGAAUAGUCCGGCAUAGCCAAUUGAUUCUGAGUUAUUGAAAUAAGAAAUAU